AAAAAAAGUUAUAAAAGGGAAAAGAACAGAGAGAAGCUCCCCUCCGAUUCCUGGUCCAGCUUCAAAAUCGAAAGGUGGGAGGCAGAGAGAAAUCGGGGCUCCGGCUUUCUCCCAGUUGCAUUUGCCGUCUCCGCUCUUUCUCCCGCGAAAGCUGCUGCGCGCCUCCGUUGCCGGCUUUACGCUAUCAGAGAAUCCAGAAGAGGGACUUCGGAGGCUUUUGAUACCGACAUUUUUCGUUGCAACCGAAUUCCCCCCACACUCGAGAUCUACCGUCGUCCCGUCCGGCAUUACCGAUUUUAGAUCCGCCGACGGUACCUGUUUCACAUUUUCGCCUGUCGGCCUUUUCUCCUGCACUGUCUGUAAUCUUUCAGAUCGAACGAGGAAAGUGAAUUUCGCAGGAGAAAGGGGAACGCCAGUGGGAGAUCGGAGAAGACAUCCUCGUCGCCGCCCGAGCGCCGUAGCUGAUCUGGAUCUGUAACCGCUUCAUUUCCCGCCUAUUCCGCCGACGCAUCUGAGAUUCUAGGAAGGAGUGAUCAUGGCAUCCAGCGAUAGCUACACUGACAAGAACGCUGUGUUCAAGAAACUCAAAGCGAAACCUGAGAACAAAAUGUGCUUUGAUUGUAAUGCGAAGAAUCCUACAUGGGCAUCUGUAACGUAUGGAAUCUUCCUGUGCAUUGAUUGUUCUGCAGUUCAUCGUAGCCUUGGUGUGCAUCUGACUUUUGUCAGGUCUACAACAUUAGACUCGUGGUCUCCAGAGCAAUUGAGAGUGAUGGCUUUUGGUGGUAACAAUCGGGCACAGGUGUUCUUUAAGCAACAUGGCUGGUCUGAUGGUGGCGAGGCCAAGUAUACAUCUAGAGCUGCAGAGUUAUAUAGGCAAAUUUUGUCAAAGGAGGUUGCAAAAAGUAUGGCAGAAGAUGCAGGCCUGCCAUCCUCACCUGUUGCUUCUCAGUCAGCUCAAGGGAUUAAUGGAUUGUCGGUUCCUAAAAUUGAAUCUUCCAACGGAACUUCAAUGGAAAAGCAGGAAAUACCUGUGGUAGCUCCUUCUUCAGCCCCUCCUUCAAAGGUCCCUGCUGUAGUUACCACUUCUACUGUCAAGAGGCCUCUUGGGGCGAGGAAAACUGGGAAGUCUGGGGGUCUCGGUGCUAAAAAACUCACAGCAAAGUCAAAUGAAAGUCUGUAUGAUCAGAAGCCUGAAGAAGCACCAGUUCCCGCUCCAUCUUCUUCGAAUAGCACCCUGAAAUCUGGGGGUACUGCUUUUACUUCACGUUUCGAGUAUGCGGGCGAUGUGCAGCCUGUGGAUAUGCUUUCAGGAUCAAAGGGGAUUAGCCAUGUAUCCGCACCAAAGUCAUCAAAUUUCUUUGAUGACUUUGGAAUGGAUAAUGGUUUCUCGAAAAAGGGAACCUCGAAUUCUUCAAGAGUGCAAGUCCAAGAGACUGAUGAAGCAAGGAAGAAAUUCUCAAAUGCCAAAUCAAUUUCAUCGGCCCAAUAUUUCGGCAAUCGGAGCAAGUCAACCGAUCUUGAUGCUCAAACUUCUUUGCAAAAAUUCUCGGGUUCAGCUGCUAUCUCAAGUGCAGAACUUUUCGGCCAUGAUGAUGACAACUCAACCAUCGAUCUUGCUGCUGGCGAGCUUAUCAACCGGCUGUCUUUCCAGGCACAACAAGAUAUCUCCAACCUCAAGAACAUUGCAGGAGAGACCAGCAAGAAGCUCAGUUCCUUGGCAUCUUCAUUGAUGACCGAUCUUCAAGACCGAAUUCUGUGAUUCCGAGUAUGCAUUUGUGCAUUCGAAAAAAUACUUGCUCACAUUUGGUAAGUCAGAAAUUCAUUCCAUUUAAUGAUUCUGUUUGGAAGCCAAAUGGAAAAAGAAGAGAGGGAGAGGGAGAAGAGAGCCUCUUCUAUUUGGAUGUUAAGGGUUUUCUUCACAGGCUUUGAGAAUAUUUGGAGCACAAAUGGUGAGAGAGGAUAUUGUAAAGUGUUUUUAAACUUACCCUUUCGGUAAGUUUUCAUAUGUACUAAAGCUAAAUGAUGUAGGAAGUGAAUCCCUAUAAACUCAAUUUGUUUGUUGAUAACCAGCAAUUUGUCAACCACCGUAACUAUUGCUAUAAAGUCUUUGCUUCCUGUGAUGCUAGGUAAGUUUUUUGUGCUGCUUUCGAUCCUUAACUUUCUCAUUUUGAUCAUUCAGGUCCUAGCUCACAAAUAUAUAAGUCUUGCUUCUAGUUCUAGUAGUGAUUCUAGGUCAGCUUUUUGUUUCGGGGUUGAUUCCCGACUCCUGAGCUUUCUCAUUUUAGCCAUUCUAAUGAGUGUUUGACGUAACAGCAUUCAAUUGAUCAUAGCUAAUUGUACUUUUUUUGUGUGAAAAUCUGAAGUUGUAGAAAU